CAACAAUUGAUUGCAUUUAUGGGGAAGUUGAAUAAUUUUGUAUAUAAAGAUUGAAAUUGCAUAAGGAAGGCAUCAUUAUCUUCUGGAGUCUACAAGCAAUAGGGAGAUAGACAGCAGCAUCCCGAAAUGAAAUUCAUCAUCCUCUUUGCCUUGGUGGCCGCUGUUGCCGCUCAACAGGUCAGCAAUGAAUACUUGCCACCCCAUUUCGAUCUUGGUGGUGCUAGCUACAGUGUUUCGUCUGUAGCCGCCCCAGAAGCCUCCUACGCCGCUGAGAGCUAUGAUGUUGGUGCCUCGGCUCCUGCCCACACUUUCUCUGAGGCCGAUGGCUAUCGUUAUAAGACUCAUCGCCGUCGUGUCUAUAAGACUGCUCGUCGUCAUCGUCGUGAUGUCUCCACUGAAUACUUGCCUCCUGCAGCUUCGUCGGUCUCCACGGAAUACUUACCUCCAGCUGCCUCGGCUCCAGCCGCCUCCUAUGCUGCCCCAGCUGCUUCCUACGAGUCAUAUGACGUUGGUGCCUCGGCUCCUGCUCAUUCCUUCUCCGAAGCUGAUGGUUAUCGUUACAAGACUCAACGUCGUCGUGUCUACAAAACCGCUCGUCGUCAUCGUCGUGAUGUCUCCACCGAAUACUUGCCCCCAGCUGCCUCAGCCCCCGUUGCUUCCUAUGAGUCCUAUGAAGCUGCCCCAGCUGCCUCCUAUGAAUCGUAUGAUGUUGCUGCCUCGGCUCCAGCUCAUUCCUUCUCUGAAGCCGAUGGCUAUCGUUACAAGACCCAUCGUCGCCGUGUCUUCAAGACUGCUCGUCGUCAUCGUCGUGAUGUCUCUACUGAAUAUUUGCCACCUGCAGCCUCUGCUGUCUCUACUGAAUACUUGCCACCAGCUGCCUCGGCUCCCGCUGUGUCUUAUGCUGCCCCAGCUGCCUCCUAUGAAACAUACGAUGUAGGUGCUUCGGCUCCUGCUCAUUCCUUCUCAGAAGCCGAUGGUUAUCGCUACAAGACCCAUCGUCGCCGUGUCUUCAAGACAGCUCGUCGUCAUCGUCGUGAUGUCUCCACCGAAUAUUUACCCCCAGCUGCCUCAGCCCCAGUAGCUUCCUAUGAAUCGUAUGAAACCGCCCCAGCUGCCUCCUAUGAAUCGUAUGAUGUUGCUGCCUCAGCUCCCGCUCACUCCUUCUCUGAAGCCGAUGGCUACCGUUACAAGACCCACCGUCGUCGCGUCUUCAAGACUGCCCGUCGCCAUCGUAAAUUGUUCAUUGUUUUCGCCCUGGUGGCAGCUGCCGCUGCUCAACUCAGCAAUGAGUACUUGCCUCCUAAUGUUGGAGCUGCAUCCGCCCCAGCCGUCUCUUAUUCUGCUGCCCCAGCUGCUUCCUAUGAAUCUUAUGAAACCGCUGCUGCCCCUGCUGCCUCUUAUGAAUCUUAUGAAGUAGCUGCUGCCGCUCCAGCCCACACCUUCUCUGAAGCUGAUGGUUAUCGUUACAAGACCCACCGUCGUCGUGUCUUCAAGACUGCCCGUCGUCAUCGUCGUGAUGUCUCGACUGAAUACUUGCCCCCUGCAGCCUCUGCCCCAGCCGUCUCUUAUGCUGCUCCAGCUGCUUCCUACGAAUCCUAUGAAACCGCUGCCGCUCCUGCUGCCUCCUACGAAUCCUACGAAGUAGCUGCUGCCGCUCCAGCCCACUCCUUCUCUGAAGCUGAUGGUUAUCGUUACAAGACCCACCGUCGUCGUGUCUUCAAGACUGCCCGUCGUCAUCGUCGUGAUGUCUCGACCGAAUACUUGCCCCCUGCAGCCUCUUCCCCAGCCGUCUCUUAUGCUGCUCCUGCCGCUCCAGCUGCUUCCUAUGAAUCUUAUGAAACCGCUGCCGCUCCUGCUGCCUCUUACGAAUCCUACGAAGUAGCUGCUGCCGCUCCAGCCCACUCCUUCUCUGAAACUGAUGGCUAUCGUUACAAGACCCACCGUCGUCGUGUCUUUAAGACUGCCCGUCGCCAUCGUCGUGAUGUCUCCACCGAAUACUUGCCCCCUGCAGCCUCUGCCCCAGCUGUCUCUUAUGCCGCUCCAGCUGCCUCCUAUGAAUCUUAUGAAGCCGCUGCCGCUCCUGCUGCCUCUUACGAAUCCUAUGAAGUAGCUGCUGCUGCCCCAGCUCACUCCUUCUCGGAAGCUGAUGGCUAUCGUUACAAGACCCACCGUCGCCGUGUCUUCAAGACUGCUCGUCGCCAUCGUCGUGAUGUCUCCGCUGAAUACUUGCCCCCUCUAGCCUCCAACUCUGUUUCUACUUAUGAAGCUCCCGCUGCUUAUGAAUCCUAUGAAGUUGAAGCUUCUGCUCCCGCUCAUUCCUACUCGGAUGCUGAAGGUUACCGUUACAGAACUCAACGUCGUCGUGUUUUCCGUCGUCGUCGUGUCUAGAGGCUCGUUUGAGAAGAAAUGCAAUUUUUUUGCAAAUCAAAUGUAAUCUAUAGUAAAAUUAGUCAUAACAAUGUUUGUUGUGAAUUAUAGGAACAUAGAUAAUAACAAAUAAUACAGAAGAAAAAAAAAACACUAUGAGAAAAUAAUUUAAAUCUAGUCAUGUUUUCCUUUAA